GGGGGAGGGUAGUGGAGCGGCGCAGUCGCCAUGUUGGGUCUUAGGCGGCUGCUGUAAGCGCCGACGGAGCGAGCGGGCUUGCGGAGCGGUGACAGCGGUGUGGGAUCUGCCUCUCUGGGAGCGGCCCAGAGCGGCGGCGGCGGCGGCGUCAUGAGCGGGGGCACCCCUUAUAUCGGCAGCAAGAUCAGCCUUAUUUCCAAGGCGGAGAUCCGCUACGAGGGCAUCCUUUACACCAUCGACACAGAGAACUCCACCGUAGCCCUAGCGAAAGUUCGGUCCUUUGGUACAGAAGACAGACCAACAGAUCGUCCAAUACCGCCUCGAGAUGAAGUGUUUGAAUACAUUAUAUUCCGUGGGAGUGAUAUUAAGGACCUCACUGUUUGUGAGCCACCGAAACCACAAUGUUCUUUGCCUCAGGACCCAGCUAUUGUUCAGUCUUCACUAGGCUCAUCUACUUCUUCAUUCCAGUCAGUGGGUUCCUAUGGACCUUUUGGCAGGAUGCCAGCGUACAGUCAAUUCAGCCCAAGUUCAUUAGUCAGCCAGCAAUUUGGUGCUGUUGGUGUUGCUGGAAGCUCCUUGACAUCCUUUGGAACAGACACAUCAAACAGCGGUACCCUAUCUCAAAGUAGUGCAGUUGGUUCUGCCUUUACACAGGAUACAAGAUCUCUAAAAACACAGUUAUCUCAAGGUCGUUCAAGCCCUCAGUUAGACCCUUUGAGAAAAAGCCCCACCAUGGAACAAGCAGUACAGACCGCCUCAGCCCACUUACCUGCUCCAGCACCUGUUGGGAGAAGGAGCCCAGUGUCAACCAGGCCUUUACCAUCUACCAGCCAAAAAGCAAUAGAGAAUCAAGAGCACAGGCGAGCUGAAGUACACAAAGUUACAAGACCAGAAAAUGAGCAACUCAGAAAUGAUAGCAAGAGACAAAUAGUUCCAGGUGCUCCUUCAGCUCCAAGGAGAGGGCGUGGAGGUCAUCGAGGUGGCAGGGGAAGAUUUGGUAUUCGACGAGAUGGUCCAAUGAAAUUUGAGAAAGACUUUGACUUUGAAAGUGCAAAUGCACAAUUUAACAAGGAGGAAAUCGACAGAGAGUUUCAUAAUAAACUAAAAUUGAAAGAAGAUAAACUUGAGAGACAGGAGAAGCCUGUAAAUGGUGAAGAUAAAGGAGACUCAGGAGUUGAUACCCAAAACAGUGAGGGAAAUGCAGAUGAAGAAGAUCCACUUGGACCUAAUUGCUAUUAUGACAAAACUAAAUCCUUCUUUGAUAAUAUUUCUUGUGAUGAUAACAGAGAACGGAGACCAACCUGGGCUGAAGAAAGAAGAUUAAAUGCUGAAACAUUUGGAAUCCCACUUCGUCCAAACCGUGGCCGUGGAGGGUACAGAGGCAGAGGAGGUCUUGGUUUCCGUGGUAGCCGAGGGCGUGGUGGUGGCAGAGGUGGUACCUUUACCACCCCUCGAGGAUUUCGUGGUGGAUUCAGAGGUGGUCGUGGGGGCAGAGAGUUUGCAGAUUUUGACUAUAGGAAAGACAACAAAGUUGCUGCAUAGUCUCCAAACAAGUCUUUGAAAAUAGGUGAAUUUCUAGCUCUUCAUGGUCCUGAGAAUUUGUUUCAGUCUUUGCAAAGAAUGAAGAAGUGAAUUCGCUGUAUAUUUGUCACCAGCACUGGGUUUUUGUUCGUUUGUUUUUCUGCUUAAUUUCAAAGAUAAAAUGCAGUUACUUUUUUGGGGAAAUGCUCAUCUGUGAAAAUGAGCAUUAAAUAUAUUUGGAAUAGCAGAAGGUUAAGUAAUUUCUUAUGUAUAGUUAAACUAAAGCAGUACUUCAGUGGGACUUAAGUAUUUUUUCAUCACUGAAAGGAUUUUUCUUAUCACUAAAUUGUAUUUGGCAAUUAUUGUAAGUUGCAAAUAGGGCCGUGAUACUGUGUUUUGAGCCACAGAAGGUUGUGUGUGUGUGUGUGUGUGUGUGUAUGUUUCUUUUUGGAAAUCCUGUAAUAUCCCUUUGAGGUAGCUUAUUUCGUCAAUUAAUUAGGGUGCUGGAUGGUAGAUAAUUUUGUCAAGUCAACUAUGUACACACAGUAAAUACUGUUUCUUAGGCAAAGGUAACUUUUUUAUAUAGUUGUAAAAUUCCAUUAUAUUCCAUUGCCAAAGAAACAUUAAGAACUUUGUAUAGCUGUAUAAAAAGCAACUAAUUUUUUAAAGAAUAAACAUUUUAAAGUCUGCAAACAUACCGUGUCCUUGGAGAAGUUAAUGUUCUGAGGAGCAAAGCUAUUAUGGGUGGGUCCUUUUUUCAUAGCUUUCCAGACUAAAGAAUUUUGAUUUGGGGUUGCUUUUUUUUAGUAUUUGGAACAUAAAUGAAGAUUUGAUACAUUCUUCCAGUAUCUAAAGAGGAUAAAUUACUCAUACUCAUUGUGAGAACUUAAUUUUAUAGCAAAUGGCAUAUCACAGGAUUUGUCCAAAUAAUAGAUAUUUUCAGGAUACAAAUGUAAAUAAUCAUAGAUAAGAAUGUAUGUAGUUGUAUUUUCAAAUAAGUACCCUCCCUUUUUUAAGACAAUAAAGCUAGGCAACAAUUAAUCUGUUCUUCCUAAUAUGCCUAGAAUUUUGUCGUGAUACCUUGACUCACUCCAUUAUAUUUCAAGAGGAUUCAGAAUGUUAGAAUUAUUUUGACAACCUGUAAGAUACCGUAACACUGAUCCUUGGGCCUGUGACCCACAAAUGACUCACUGUGGGUUCAUUGCUAGUUACAAAUAACAAGUAAAUCUUUUUGAUAUUUUAAGCUAUAGGGAGAAAAAACUGGCCAUUGUGUUUUUAUGAAGGCCAUUGUAAUAAAGAGAGCCAAAGAUUUAAAUAUUUUUAUCUAUUAUGAUUUUUUUAACUUCCUCAAAAUAUUUAGUAGUAAAGGAGAUGCGGAAUACUACACUGUAGGAGAAUUAGAAUAUUUAAAGAUGGUUGAUAUUUUUAAUUUUGUAUCUUUUAUAUAGCUCUACAAAGAAUCGUUUUGUAAUAUGGUUUCAUUAUUAAGGUCUAGUACUUGGCAGCCAUAGUUUAGAUAAUAUUGUUUAAUACUGUUUGCUUGCAUGUUAACAAAUCUUUUUGGAGGAAUCACAAAUCAUGAUAUUGAAAAUAUUUUUGAGGCAUUCUGAACAUCAGAGCAAGUACUAUGGCAUAACUAUGUAGACUGAGAUGUCCCAAGCCAAUUUUGAGAAGAAAAACUGUAAAUACCAGGACUACAUGCUCUGAAAGUAUGAAUUCAUACGUUUUCCAAACCCUCUGGGUCAUUGACUAAGACAUUUGGUGCCCCAGUAAUUGGAAGCGUGGCAUACCUGCAGUGCACCUUACAUUAUUAAAGCAAGGUUUUUAUUAUAAGAUAGAAUAAAACUGUUAAAUAAAAAAUGCUCGUCAAAGUU